UUACCAAUGGCCCGUGGGAGGAGCUUCCGCGAAGCCGUUGUCAGUGCCAGGCCUUCCCCCGCCCCCGAGGUGCCAGCCCUCGCGCCCUCGCCGCCCUCUCUCCCCCCAGGGGCGGCCUUACCGUUGUCCUUGGCACUCUUGCUUUGUUUUCUCCGCUCCCCUGGCAACGGGCAAGGCACGCCCUCCCGGCCACGCCCUCCUGGCCACGCCCUCAUGCCUCCCCUUUCUCCCGCAGGCGGCGGCGGCAUCCGCAUCAUCGGCGUCAAGGUCCCGAAGGUGCUGCUCGUGGGCGCGGAGGGCGACCUCGAGUGCAAGUGGGAGACGGAGAGCGACCAGAUGUACUCCAUCAAGUGGUACCAGGACGCCCACGAAUUCUACCGCUACACGGCCACGUCCGCCGACCCCAUCCAGAUCUUCGACCCGCCCACGCUCGACGUCGACCGCUCCGGGUCGUGGGAGGGGCGCGUGCGGAUCGCCAACGUGACCCUGGCGGCGGGCGGUUCCUUCCACUGCGAGGUCUCUGCCGACGCGCCCACCUUCCACACGGCCUCCGACUUCGCUGAGAUCAAAGUCGUUGACCCUCCUGACGGGGACCCCCUCAUCAAGGGCGUGCAGGCGCAGUACCUUCCCGAGGACUGGGUGGACCUCACGUGCUCCUCCGGCCGGUCCACGCCCGCCCCGGCCCUCUCCUUCACCAUCAACGACCAGCCGGUGCCGCUGGGAUGGCUCGAGCCGCAGAUCAACACCCUGGAAGCGGACGGCUUAACGAGCUCCUCGCUGCGUCUGCGGUUCUCCCUCCUGCCGCAACUCCUCCAGAACGGCAGUGCCCGGGUCGCGUGCCUGGCCGUGAUCCCUGACGUGUACAAGGGCGUAUCCAGGGAUGUCCUCAGCACCUCGCCCCGGUAUCAGGCGUCCGUGCUCGAGGGGAGCGCCGCCCCAGGGAGUCGAGCUGACCUGACGUGCGUGUGUGUCGCGUCUCUUGUCAGCCUCGCCGUCGCCUCAUCGUGUCUCUGAGCCUCCGCCGCUGCGCCGUCUGUUGCCUGCCUACGUCGCGCUUGGUGGACUUUUCUCUGUCCUCCCUUCCUUCCUUUUCCCUUCGUUUUCAUCAUUCGCUGACAUUAUUCAGAUGUCUCUCUCCGUGUAUUGCAUUGCAAUUUCUUGCAACGAAAUACAUGGCAACGAUACAGCUUCUUAUAAUAUUUUGUCGUUUCAUCUUUUCUUCCAUUUUCUUGCUAUAAUUAUUGUUAGUUAUUAUGGUUAUGAUUUUUAGCGUUGUUAUUGUUAUCAAUAUAAUUGAUAUUACAGAUUUUCUCAUCAUUGUGAUCAUUUCUAACGUAAUUAUUAUUAUCAUCGUUAUGAUUAAAAACAUUAGCAUCACCAUUAUCAUCACUACUACUCUUCUUCCUCUUUUC